AUUGCAUAGUUCCCACGCCGUUUGCCUGACAGUCUGAACUGACACACUGCCACACUUUCCCACGCACGCGAGUCCUCCUUAAAGCGCGCGGAGGGUGGCGCGCGCGCGUCAGCUCACGGGACACGAGGCGGGCGGACCGCGGGGUGAGGAUCAUGUGUAGUCCACGCGCCGAAACUGGGUUACAGCGAGCCGCAGUCAGAGCAGGGAAGAGCUACAGGACGAGGAGCUGCUUCUUUAUUAUCUCACAAGUGUGUUGUCACCACAAGACCUUUGAGACUGCGCAGAGCCGACUGACAGAAGCUUACUAAAAACCUAGCAUUGCUUUUAUCUAAGUUUAAGCAGAAUAUCCGUAUGAGGAUUUGCUGUUGUGACAAUUCACAGCUGCUCCUUUUCGGAGCGAAUACGUGCGCGUCGCUUUCAGUGUUUCUUUGCUUCAUUUCCAACUGGAGUUGAAUGACUUGAAGAGUUGUGAAGACACCACCGCCAACAUGAGAGCUCAAAUAGAAGUUAUUCCCUGUAAAAUCUGUGGGGACAAAUCAUCAGGGAUUCAUUAUGGUGUCAUCACCUGUGAAGGGUGCAAGGGUUUCUUUCGCCGCAGCCAGCAGAAUAACGCUAUGUACUCCUGCUCACGACAAAGGAACUGUCUUAUUGACCGGACCAACCGCAACCGCUGUCAACACUGCAGGCUGCAGAAGUGUCUCGCUCUGGGCAUGAGCCGUGAUGCGGUCAAGUUUGGCCGAAUGUCCAAAAAGCAGCGUGACAGCUUGUACGCAGAAGUCCAGAAGCACCAACAGUCCCUGGAGUGCGCGGGGGCCGGUACCCAGAAGGACAACAGUGACAUGGUCGACCUCGGCCGCACCUACAGAAGAGGCUCCAGCACAGCGCUCAGUGAUCUCGAUGACAUCACCACGCUGCCAGAAGGACUCCUUUUCGACCUUCCGCUGACCCCAGAGGACGCUGGAGGAGAGUACUGCAGCCUGGACAUGCUGGGUGGCAGCGCAGGCAGCGGCUCAUCCUCUCAGAGUUCACCAGAACAGACCAACUUGGACUUUGUAGAUGGCAGCCACAGCAUCAAGCAUGAAUACCAGUUGUUGCAUGACUCUGGACUCUUCUCUCAUGCUAUCUUCAACCCACUGCCUGAAGGCUGCUCACUGCUUGAAAUAGAGCGCAUAACCCAGAACGUGGUGAAGUCCCAUAUUGAGACGAGCCAGUACAGCACAGAGGAGCUGAAGAGAAUGGCAUGGACCUUGUAUAGCCCAGAAGAGACACGCUCACACCAGACCAAGUCAGCUGAGGUGAUGUGGCAACAAUGUGCCAUUCACAUCACCAACGCAAUCCAGUAUGUGGUAGAGUUUGCCAAGCGCAUCUCUGGCUUCAUGGAUCUCUGUCAAAACGAUCAGAUUAUCCUCCUCAAAGCAGGCUGCAUGGAUGUCCUUCUGAUCCGUAUGUGUCGGGCCUAUAACCCCAUCAACAACACUUUGCUCUUUGAUGGGAAGUUUGCUAUCGCUCAGCUGUUCAAAGCUCUCGGCUGUGACGACCUUGUGAAUGCAGUUUUCGAUCUAGCCAAAAGCCUAAGCCGUAUACAGAUGUCAGAGGAGGAGAUGGCUCUCUUCAGUGCUGCAGUGCUGCUCUCACCAGACCGACCCUGGCUUACAGAUGUUCAGAAGAUCCAGAAGUUGCAGGAGAAAGUCUACGUGGCUCUGCAGCGCUGUCUACAGAAAGAUGGAGCGUCUGAAGAGAAGCUAGCAAAGAUGGUGUCCAAGCUCCCCAUAAUGAAGUCCAUCUGCAAUCUUCACAUCGACAAACUGGAGUUUUUCCGCCUGGUUCACCCCGAGACAGCGUACACCUUUCCUCCUCUGUACAGAGAAGUUUUUGGAAGUGAAAUCACCUUCCCAGACUCCACAGAGGGCUAAAACUGUUGAGCUAAUUAGUGUGAUUUGAAUAGUGACACUGAGGUGUAGGGAGGUGGAGGCAGAAAUGUGGCAACCAGCUGAGACAAAACCAACCAGCAGCUCAAUGACAAUCCUGCACGCUACACUUUAGGACACACUCCUCUCACCUCCUGCCCUGCAAGCUAGUUCAUUCAGCUUCAACGUAACAUCACAGGAACUGCUGCUGGCUACUCAGUGCAUGUUACCUCUUUUUAACAGAAAUUACUCGAGUAGCCUGCAUAAUUUUUAUUCUCAAAAAAUAUUUUUCUACGAGGAGACAUUAACCUCUCAUUAAGUUGAAUUCCUUUCUUUUAUAAAUUUGACACCGUUCUCACAGUUCCUGUAAGCUAUUGUUGAAUGUAACCCUUUUUCCUUUAACCGCUCAGCGCAGCCCUAGGCUUGUUAUAGAAUGUACAUACUUUAAAUCCUCAGCCACGUUGUGGAGAUUUGCAGUAAUGAUGCCUGUUUCAGUUGUCAGUCUUGUAACACUUUCUUGUUUCAUUCAGUCUCUUUGGUAGCGCCCAUAUUUUGCAGUUUUGUAAUGAAUGAACAAACUGUGUAAAGGGACCAUGAUCAAACUCUCAAACAGACAGGGUUUUCAAACUAUGUGAAUCAUGUGGGAAACACCCCUGAGUGUCUGCCACCAUGCACCUACAAACUCUUGCACACAGUGCACAAAAUAUGGCACUUAUCCUGAUCUUUGUCGGUUUUUCUACUGGCACACCCUCGCACACCGAUGUAGGUGGGCUCUUUAUUUUUCUAAUGCAAUCAGUGACCUCAGUCCUUCUUCCCUCUCCCUUUACAAAUGCCACUUAAAGAGUGGAAGCAGGAGUAUUCUCAGAAGUUCCUGUCCUAUGUAUACAGUAUAAAAAAAACAUAUAUUAUGUCAGAUGAGAACAGUCGUGAAUUCAUUCUGAGUUAGGGGGAGAGAAAUGUUUUGCUUGUGCUCAGGUCUCUUUAACAGACACUGCCUGCCCAAACUUUGGGACUAUGGGAUUGGAAGAUUGUAUUUAGGGGGGGGGAAUAGCAGAUAAUUAGCACUUAUAUUCAUAAUAGAAUCCAAAAUGAACUCUUAGCACAAUAUUUUACGGGUUUGCACUUAAACUGCCAUCUAAGAAACAUAUUUCAAUCCAGUCAUAAAGGCUAUAUGCACCUUCUCACUGUAAAUCAGCUGCAUAACCAAGGUGCUUGUAGGCAAGCUGACCCCUAUUGGGUAACAGUACUUAUGUGCACCUCAGCCCCCUCCACAGAAUAGUGCCAUUGCCCAAACCAUCCAGCAGCUUCUCAACCAACAAUUACAAUUGACUUUUGAAGUAAAACAAGAGAUACACAGAAAUGUUAAGGUUGAAACUUUAACACCUAUGUUGUUGGAUGAGGGGCAAAGAAUACAGAGUGGACAGGUGGGUGCCGGUGUUGUUUAAGCUCCUUAGACAUCAGUUAGAGGGGAUUUACUGUCUGCGCCAACUCUCACUGCUUCAGGGUCAAGCAGGCUGUGCUGCCACAGGCGGCCUUGGUGUUCUGAUUGGAGUGUUAAAUCCUCUGUUCCUUUCCCCCUGCUCCCUUACUACCUCACCCUCUUCAAACACUACACGGCACAGCAAAAUGUUGACAGAGCCAACAGCUACCCCCCUGAGUUAGUGUUUAUGCAUCCAUGCUGGAGAGUUUCUUAAAAAACAAUUAUUGGUAAUAUUUGAAGGCCAGUGAUAACAUUCAAAUAUACAUGAUUAUGAUGACUAAAGCAUGCUUAGCUGCUGGAUCUAACUUUACUACUUUUCCUUCUAGACUGCUUUUCUGUCACUCGAGAGCAGUCCAUACCUUGAGGUCCUGAAUGACCUACUUAGAUACAGAUCUUUGUAAAGUGAGGUCUCUGGAGACACAUGAGGGCAAGAGGGUGUGUCCAGAUGAAACCUUUCUCUUCGAAGUAAGGGGAAAUAUUGGAUUUCUGCCUCAAACAAAAUUAUUUUUUGCUGUUAUCUGAGAGGAGAAAAAAGAAAAGAAAACAUUGCUUUUUCAUUUUAAGACAAUCACAUGGCUUAUGUUUGAUGUAUAUGUCUAUUUAAUAUGUCAGCCAGGUUUGCACUGCUGGAACGGUGCUGUUUGCCAUACAAUAUAUUAUCUCACAUAGUAUGAAGGGUUAUUACCCUUUAUUGGGUACGCAAGACAGUGGCAUGAUGGGAUUGUGCAAUAAUGUCUUUCCCAUUGUUCUCAGUAUGUUGGGCCUUUGUUGCCAUGUAUUACAGAUAAUAUUUCACAAGCACUCCAGCACAGUUCACCUCGCAGCACAACUGAUGAUUUAAUUGAAAGUAUAAUGUACCAAAUAAACAGCCAACCACUACACAGGUCAGCAAUCAGCUGACACAGCCAGAUGACUUUUGGAGAUUGUAACAAAGUGCAAUACUUUGUGUGUUGAGUCCUCGAAUGUUAGACACGCUGAUUUGGAAAGAAUCAGCUUUGUUUAAAGUUUUUGCUGGUCUAAAGCUGUCCAGGGGGCAGCGCUGAAGAUCUGCACAAACAUUUCCGUCUAGAGUUACUCAGGGAGAUAGCUGGGCUCUCUGUCCUAUAGUGUCUGCAGUUAGUCUAGCUAGCAAGACACCUUGCACCAACAUAGAAGACCUUAAAACCUUGAUCACUGUGUACAGUUCAUGUUCUUGUGAAUGUUUGAUUUCAGAAGUAUCAAAGAUUUUACCCCUGUCUAAUAUCAUUAUUUCAAAACUUUAUGGAGUUUGAGUCAUAGAUUAAAAUAGGAUAUUAAAAAAGUAAGUUUAGUUAAAUAAAUUUAAAAGAUGGAUUAUAAUCUCUGAAUCUUGUGUUGGUUUUGUUGUGAUCUUUUGUUUCUUAAUUUUUAUCCUUCUAUGUACUGUUUAUUUUCUCAUCAGUUUAGUGUCCUUUUUGUCUUGGAGAGAUGUAAUUCUAUUUUUUUAAAGAGCGUUUUUAACAAUGUCUCCCUAAAAGUUUCUCUUUUGUCAUGAUCCUUCUGUUUUAUGAUAUGUUCAAGCUAUUUUAAGAUUAUUAUUAAUGAAUCAAUAUAGAUUUUAAUAAAAAAUAAUUUAUGAUAUGUUAUGGAUAUAAAGCCCGAGAGGUUUUAACACUGUACGGUGUUAUUGCACAAUGGUGAUACAAUAUGUGGAUUUAAGAAUGUAAUAAAAGUUCUUUUUACAGUUAAAAGUA